AUGGCGGCCACGUACGACCCGACGGUCGGCCUCAAGGUGACCCACCGCGCUGCCAUCGCCAACGCUCCCUUCCCCGUCGAGGGCAACGGCUCGUUCUCCAACGUCCAGCUCGCCGCCGCCGUCCUCAUCGUUCCCUACUUUCUCUCCCGCUUCGUCCCCUACUUCUCAUUCCGCACGACCUAUGUCUUCCUCCUCCUCGUCACGGGCAUCCCGACAACCAUCGCCUACUGGCUCCUCAUGAGCCGCGCCAACGUCCGCGUCCGCGACUCGGGCAUCUUCCCCGGCAAGGACAUCGAGCACUACAUCACCAGCAAGGACGCCGAGCUUCGCGAAAAGUACAACGGUCAGAAGAAGAUCCCGAUGCAGGUCUUCCACGACGCCUACUUCGAGGGCAAGAUCGACAUCAAGGGCGACAUGCUCGAGCUCCUCGAAUGGCGCCACGACUGGAUGUCCUUCCCCAUGACCCUCGAGCUCAUGAAAUACGUCCUUACCAAGCUCAUUCCCGACGUCAUCUUCCACUCGGCUGGCCAGGACGAGGAGCAGGUCACGGACCACUACGACCGCGGAGACGACUUCCACGAGUGGUUCCUCGGCCCCCGCAUGAUCUACACCUCCGGUAUCAUCCACGACGUCGACCGCAAGGAGACGCUCGAGGAGCUCCAGGACAACAAGCUCGCCGUUGUCUGCCAGAAGCUCCAGCUCAAGCCGACCGACACCCUCCUCGACAUUGGCUGCGGCUGGGGCACGCUCGUCACCUACGCCGCGAAGAACUACGGUUGCGACGCGACCGGCGUUACCCUUAGCAAGAACCAGGCCGAAUUCGGAACCAAGAGGAUCGCAGCCAACGGCGUCGACGCUUCAAGGGCCAGGAUCCUCAGGACCGAUUUCCGCAACCUCGACAAGUCGAAGAAGUUCACCAAGAUUGUCUCGCUCGAGAUGGCUGAGCACGUCGGUAUCCGCCGCUACAACACCUUCCUCCGCGACGUCUACAACCUCCUCGACGAUGACGGCAUCCUCGUCUUCCAGGUUGCCGGCAUUCGUCCUUCGUGGCAGUACGAGGACCUCAUCUGGGGCUUGUUCAUGAACAAGUACGUCUUCCCCGGCGCCGACGCUUCGUGCGCUCUCAACUGGGUCAUCGGCCGCCUCGAGAACGCCGGCUUCGAGGUCACCAACGUCGACGUUCUUGGCGUUCACUACUCGGCGACGCUUCACAGGUGGUACGAGAACUGGAUCAAGAACAAGGAGAACGUCCUCGCCAAAUACGGCGAGCGCUGGUACCGCGUCUGGCUCUACUUCCUCGCCUCAUCGGUCAUCACGUCUCGCCAGGGCGGCGCCUCGGUCUUCCAGAUCACGCUCCACAAGAACCUGAACGGCUACCACCGCGUCGACGACAUUCCCAGCCACACGAACAUCUUCCCCAAGCUCGAGAAGGAGCCGCAGCUCGUUGUCUAA